GGAGGGGGCGGGGUCUCUGGUCUGGGCUGAAAAGGAGAAGGAGGAGGAGGAGGAGGAGGAAGGCGAGUGGGGUGGUCAGGAGGUUCCUUGAUGCUUUCUUAGUUAACGAUGGCGAAGCCGCAAAGCAAAGAUCCUGGCCUAAAGGAGAAGUUUAAGAACCUCUUAGGACUUGGGAAUUCAAGAUCUAAUUCCAAGUCAUCGGAAGGAAAACAAACAGAAUUUAUCAUCACUGCGGAAAUACUCAAGGAAUUGAGCAUAGAAUGUGGUUUGAACAAUCGGAUCAGAGCAAUCGGUCAAAUCUGCGAGGUAGCAAAAGCUAAAAAGUUUGAAGAACAUGCCGUGGAAGCAAUCUGGAAAGUGGUAGCUGAUAUGCUGCAGCCAGAUCGGCCAGCUGAGGCCAGACAUGCCGUUCUUCACCUCCUGAAGGCAAUUAUUCAAGGGCAGGGCGAGAGGCUAGGGAUCCUCCGAGCUCACUUUUUCAAAGUGAUUAAAGAUUAUCCUUCUAACGAAGACCUCCACGAACGGCUUGAAGUGUUCAAGGCUCUUACAGACAAUGGAAGAUACAUCACGUACUUGGAGGAAGAAUUGGCUGAAUUUGUCCUCCAGUGGAUGGACGUUGGCUUGACUUCGGAGUUCUUGCUGGUGCUGGUCAACUUAGUCAAGUUCAACAGCUGCUACUUGGAUGAUUAUAUCGCUGACAUGGUCCAUAUGAUCUGCCUCUUGUGCAUUCAGACGUCUUCUGCUGUUGACAUUGAGGUUUCCCUGCAGGUCCUGGAUGCCGUGGUGUGCUACAACUGCUUGCCUUCGGAGACCCUCCCUGUCUUCAUCAUCACCUUGUGCCGGACCAUCAACGUGAAGGAACUCUGUGAGCCGUGCUGGAAGCUCAUGCGCAAUCUGUUAGGAACUCACUUGGGGCACAGUGCCAUUUACAACAUGUGCCGCAUCAUGGAGGACAGGACCUACAUGGUAGAUGCGGCACUGCUGAGAGGGGCUGUGUUCUUCGUGGGCAUGGCCUUGUGGGGUGCCCACAGGCUGCAGUCACUAAAAAAUUCGCCAACAUCUGUGCUGCCCUCAUUUCUGAAGGCCAUGACGUGUCCGAAUGCCGUGGUGUCUUAUGAAAUAGUCCUCUCCAUAACUAGGCUGAUCAGAAAGUAUGGGAAGGACCUGCAGGCAGUCACUUGGGACAUCCUCUUGGAUAUUAUCGAGCGGUUGCUCCAGCAGCUGCAGACCUUGGAGACCCAGGAGCUGAAAUCCAUCAUCCAUGACUUGCUGACCUCUGUGGAGGAGCUGUGUGACCAAAACGACUUCCACGGCUCUAAAGAAAGAUACUUUGAGCUCGUAGAGAGAUGCGCUAAUCAGAGACCUGAAUCUUCUGUUCUGAACCUGAUCACCUACCGAGCUCAGUCCAUCCACCCUGCGAAGGAUGGCUGGAUCCACAAGCUGCAGGGGUUGAUGGAGAGGUUCUUCAGAAAUGAGAGUCGGAGUGCUGUCCGCAUCAAAGUUUUGCACGUCCUGUCUUUUGUCUUGAGUGUCAACAGGCAGUUUUAUGAGGAGGAGUUGAUUAACCUGGUGGUCAUCUCCCAGCUGGCUCACAUCCCGGAAGAUAAGGACCACCAAGUGCGCAAACUGGCCACUCAGCUGCUGGUGGACUUGGCUGAGGGCUGCAACACGCAUCACUUUAACAGCUUGCUGGAUAUCAUAGAGAAGGUUGCUUCCCAUUCUUUGCUGCCUCCUGCUGAAUUGGAGGAAAGAGACCUGCUCUCUUACUCUGCCUCUUUAGAGGACGUGAAGACUGCCGUGCUAGGCCUGCUGGUCAUUCUCCAGACGAAACUCUACAGCUUGCCCGCCAGCCACGCCACCCGCGUCUAUGAGAUGUUGGUCCUUCACAUUCAACUCCACUAUAAGCACAAGUACAGCCUCCCGAUCGCCAGCAGCAUCCGGCUGCAGGUAUUUGACUUCUUGCUCUCGCUCCGAGCCGACUCUCUGCACCGGCUGGGCCUGGCCACGAAAGACGGUCUUGUGCGAUUCAGCCCCUACUGCCUCUGUGACUUCGUAGAGCCAGAGAAGAAACCUGCCGGCACCCUCUCCCCUCCCUCGGGAAGCCCCAGUGUGCCCCCACACAGCACAGCCAUCCGCACCGGCCACUUACCUUACUCUCUGCUCUUUGGAGUCCUCCUUCAGUGCUUGAAGCAAGAGACAGACUGGAAGGUACUGAAGCUGGUUCUGAACAAGCUACCCGAGUCUCUGCAGUAUAAAGUGCUUUACUUAACCUCCCCGUGCAACGUGGAUCAGCUGUCUUCUGCACUAUGUUCCAUGCUUACAGACAAAAAGAUGACGGAACGUCUCCGGGGCACCCCAGAAGGUUUCUCCCGUAAUGAUUUGCACCUGGCUGUGGUUCCUGUGUUGACUGCUUUGAUCUCUUACCACAGUUACCUGGACAAAUCCAAGCAGCGGGAGAUGGUUUAUUGCCUGGAGCAUGGCUUGAUCUACCGCUGUGCCAGCCAGUGUGUCGUGGCUCUCUCGAUCUGCAGCGUUGAGAUGCCAGAUAUCAUCAUCAAGGCCUUGCCCGUCCUGAUCGUCAAGCUGACACACAUUUCGGCUACAGCCAACAUGGCUAUUCCGCUCCUGGAAUUCCUUUCGACUCUGGCCCGACUGCCUCCCCUCUACAGGAACUUUGCAGCCGAACAGUACGCCAGCGUGUUUGCCAUCUCCCUGCCCUACACAAACCCCUCCAAGUUUAACCAGUACAUUGUGUGCCUGGCCCAUCACGUCAUAGCCAUGUGGUUUAUCAAGUGCCGCCUUCCCUUUCGGAAAGACUUUGUUCCCUUUAUUACCAAGGGCUUGCGAUCGAAUGUCCUCCUCUCCUUUGACGACACCCCAGAGAAAGACAGCUUCCGUGGUCGUAGCACAAGUCUGAAUGAGAGGCCGAAGAGUAGCUUUAAAAUAGCCAAAAAUGGCAGGCAAAGCUUGAAUAACUCUCCUCCAGUGAAAGAGCUGAAAGGACCCUCUGCUGUUGAUGCCUUCCGGUCCCGCAGCAUCAGUGUCUCUGACCAUGCAGCCCACAGCCGGAUACAGACCUCCAUCACCAGUUCCAGCCUGGGAUCUGCUGACGAGAACUCAAUGGCCCAGGCGGACGACAGCCUGAAAAAUCUCCACCUGGAGCUGACGGAGACCUGCCUGGACAUGAUGGCUCGCUAUGUCUUCUCAAACUUCACAGCUGUGCCCAAAAGGUCUCCGGUGGGAGAGUUUCUCCUUGCUGGAGGGAGGACCAAGACAUGGCUGGUUGGUAACAAGCUAGUGACCAUCACAACAAGUGUUGGGGCCGGAACCAGGUCACUCCUGGGCCUUGACUCGGGAGAACUGCAGAACAGCGAAGACGCAAGCUCAGACCACAUCUUGCAAGUGAGACAGACCAAAGAAGCUCCAGCCAAACUUGAGUCUCAGGCUGGUCCGCAAGUGAUUCGAACCCGCAACCGAGUCAGGUCGAUGUCUGGUGGCCACGCCUUACGGGUUGGUGCGUUAGACAGCUCCUCCUCCUCCUCCCAUUUCUCAGCCACCUCGAUGCCCCAAGGAUUGCAGAGCUGUCCUGCUGCUCGGACAGAAAAGGCUGUUUCUGGGGCUCCGCAAAAGGAAAAAGCAAACUUGGCCGCGUAUGUCCCCCUGCUGACCCAAGGCUGGGCAGAAAUACUGGUGCGGAGGCCAACAGGUAACACCAGCUGGCUGAUGAGCCUAGAAAACCCACUGAGCCCGUUUUCUUCAGAUAUCAACAACAUGCCCCUGCAGGAGCUCUCCAAUGCUCUCAUGGCGGCAGAGCGCUUCAAGGAGCACCGCGAGACGGCCUUGUACAAGUCUCUCUCGGUCCCUUCCUCCAGCUUGCCAACGGGAACAGCCAAGCCGUAUCUCCUGCAGCGCUCCAACACAGUGGCCUCUUUCUCUUCCAUGUACCUGACCAGUUCUCAAGAAAAGUUGCACAGGAGCAUUUCCUGGGCAGAAUCUGCUGUGGUGCUGGAAGAAGGAAGCCCCCUGGACGCAGAUUUAAAAGAAGCAGAGUCUCCCCCAGAAUCCCGAGAGAUUGAAGACUUUGAAGCUGUGUGUUCGGAUCAAGGCCCAAGUGAGGAGAAGUUGGUCAAAGGCCUGGGGACGUACAGUCGGUCUUCGUCAACAUCCAGUCAAGAGGAGAAAGCUCUGAAAGCAGAAGACCUGGCCGCCGUUGGCAUUCCCAUCGAGAGAUCCCGGAACUUGGAAGACAGCCGGGCUUUCGAAGCUCUCUCUUUCCAGCCUUCCCAGCCCCUCAGUAAGUCCAGCUCGUCUCCGGAGCUCCAGACUCUCCAGGAAGUCCUCAAGGACACUGGUGGCGAAGAAGCACCCCCCGGGAAGCUGACCAGCGAUGGGAAAUCCAAAUCUCAGUCCGGACACCUGGAAGCGGAAGCAGCGGGGGGCUGGCCAGGCCGAGGGGAAGACGACCGGGCCCCCGGGGGCAGCAGGCCGGGGGGUUCUGGCAUCCCCGUCUCCUCUCCGCGCUCCCCAACCGGGCACCGACCCCGAGGGUACACAAUCUCGGACUCGGCGCCCUCCAGAAGGGGCAAGAGAAUUGAAAGAGAUCCCUUCAAGGGCCGGGCAGCAGCUUCCAACACAGAGAAAGUGCCGGGGAUCAACCCAAGCUUUGUGUUCCUGCAACUGUAUCACUCUCCUUUCUUUGGUGAUGAAUCCAACAAGCCUCUCCUGUUGCCUAAUGAGACCUUUGAGAGAUCCGUUCAGCUCCUGGAUCAGAUCCCUCCCUACGACACCCACAAGAUUGCAGUGCUUUACGUUGGAGAAGGGCAGAGCAACAAUGAGCUCGCCAUACUUUCCAACGAGCAUGGCUCCUACAGGUACACAGAGUUCCUGACAGGCCUGGGCAAACUCAUCGAGCUGAAAGACUGCCAGCCGGACAAGAUUUACCUCGGUGGCCUCGACGUGUGCGGGGAGGAUGGGCAGUUUACCUACUGCUGGCAUGAUGACAUCAUGCAAGCUAUUUUCCACAUUGCCACUUUGAUGCCCACCAAAGACUUGGACAAGUACCGCUGUGACAAGAAACGCCACCUGGGGAACGACUUUGUUUCCAUCAUUUACAACGAUUCUGGGGAAGACUUCAAACUGGGGACCAUAAAGGGCCAGUUCAACUUUGUGCAUGUCAUAAUCAAGCCGCUGGAUUACAGCUGUAAUCUGCUCACUCUACAGUGCCGGAAAGACAUGGAAGGGCUCGUUGACACCAGUGUGAUGAAGAUUGUUUCCGAUAAGAACUUGUCAUUUGUUGCCCGCCAGACAGCUUUGCAUGCCAACAUGGCUUCUCAGGUCCAUCAUAGCCGCUCCAAUCCCACAGACACCUACCCGUCGAAAUGGAUUGCCCGACUGCGGCAUAUCAAGAGGGUCCGGCACAGGAUCCGAGAAGAGACCCAGUACCAGGGGUCUGGUUUCCCCAGCGUGCACCCUCCUGCCCCAGCCAGAGCUCCGGCCCACGUUCCUCAGGACCCAGCACCCAGCUAUGAAACUGGACAGAGGAAGCGCCUCAUCUCCUCGGUGGAUGACUUCACGGAGUUUGUCUAGCGUGUCCGACGCCGCCAGCAUCAACCCGUCCGGUGGGCACCCGAAGUGCUGACUUCACCCUGUGGCACCACCUGGGCGACCCUUUGGAGGUGGGAGCACCAGGUUCUCGAUCCGUGAUGCACAGCUGCCACUCUGGUGGCUCAUGCUCCCUUUGAAAGCUGCUGAUCCACAAUCCGAUAAGACUGCCGUUCUUUGUGAGGAAGGUGGAGAUGUCUUGCUCCAGUGGCGCUGGUGGCUCCGUGUCAGUGGGGCAGUGGAAUCCGCUCCCAGUUUUAGUCCAAACUUUCAUGGAGCUGUCCAAGGUAGUUCAGACAAAAUCCCAGAGCAGACUCCACUGCCCCACUGGCAUGGAGUCACCAGCUGUCCCUGAUCUUGGGUUUUGUGUGUGUGUGUGUUUAACCAACGCUUUCAGGAUAAGUUUCUAUAAGUGGAGACAAACCUAAGAGACUCGUGAUAGUUGUGGAAGCGAUAGAAGAAAACAUGACUCGGUAGCCUGACAUGAACUCCCUGGCACCUUGAGUGCUCCUGGCUGGAUGAUUCCCAGGCCUUCCUCACAUAUUCCACAAAAUGUGAAUGCUUUUUUUUACCUCCAGCUCAUGGUGUGGAGACUUGGUGACUUCCCCCCCCCAUCCCAGAGGAGGAUUGUGGUGUGGAUUUGGGCCUGGCAAGUGGGCUUUCUAAGAAGUUGGUCUUUGUAGCAGGCCAAAACGUGAAACGCUGAGCUUGAGCAGACAUGAGCUGGUUGUACUCAAGUCUGUUCCAAGUAGAGUUUGAGAGCAAAGCCUCCCUGCAGAGGCUGCGAGGGGAAGAGCAGCAUGUUGGGGUGAGCGGGUGCGAGAAAUCCCUGGCCACCUUUAAUUGUCCUUUGUUGGGGCCAAUAGGGAGAAAGGUAGCCCUUUGCAGGGACAAGCUCUUCUUGCCUUUGAAGUGACGUUCUGUGUUGGCCUUUGCCAACCGGGUGACCUCCAAAUGUUUUGGAUGACAACUCCUAUCAGUCAGCCCCAACCAGCCGGUGCUGGGAGUUGUUACCCAAAGCAUGUGGUGCUUCACCAGGUUGGCGAAGGCCGUUUUUGAAAGCCAGCUGCUGAAUGUCACCUACAUAGCCAAAAAUGGUCUUGGGGCCAAACUUAGACACAAAGGGGCAGCUGUGCCUGCCCCAUCCGCAUAUAAAGCAGAGGGGGGAGGAUUCUGCUGUGGAGUCUGUUACUGGACUCCAGCAUCCAGUCUCUGCUGGUCAUGCUGUCCGUGGCGGGGCUGAUUGCAGCUUGGAGUCCAGCAACGUCUGGAGGGUCACACACCAGGGAGCACGGGGUUGUGGGAGUGAGACGGUGCUCUGCUGCUUGGAAUAGCUCCUCCCCCCACCCCCCAGCUCUUACUGCAAUGAGCCAGGUAGGGAGAGCAGUGCUUAAAGCCAGGGGGCUGCAGCACAGUAAGAUGGUGGGUGGGCAGCUCCAUUCCUUUUCCCAACACGCUCCCUUUCAUGUAAAGCGCAUAGGACACCCCAUUAUAUAUGUAUGGGACAGGUGCAUGCAUAAAAUAGGCGUCUGGUCUAGUUUGGCCCUUCAGCUGCACGGCUCGUUCUGCGGCUCUUCCUGCCGGUCUGUUGGCAAAGCGACUGUUGUGUGGCUGUGCAUUGUGGCCAGAUGGCUUUGGAAACCGGCGAUGGAGGGCGCAACUGUUUCUGUGCGCCUUGUUGUCUGGAGCAGCCUUCCCUCCUUGGCCUGGUGCCUUUCAACUGCUUUGGACUACACCUCCCAUCAGGCCCAGCUGGCAUGACUGUCCUGGCUGAGGCUGAUGGGAGCUGCAGUCCAAAACAUCUGGAAGGCACCAGGUUGAAGGAGGCUGAUCUGGAGGAUUGUCUUGGCACUUCAUACUGCGUCCAGCUGCGUUUGCUCUCAAGUUGUGUGAAUCUUGAGCUGGUCCCAGCAAAUGGGGAAAGAGUGGGCCCAACUUGCCAACCCCAGCUGUGGGUGUGUACACAGAAGUGUUUUGUGGCUUGCUGCUUGUGGUAUGAAAUCCCACCAAGAGUGUAGCAUUUCCAAGCUUUCUGGGCACUGCUUAGUUGAAGAACAGCCUUCCCCACCCUGGUGCCUUCCAGAUGUUGGGACUCCAACUCCCAUCAGCCCCAGGAGCCAGCAUGGCCAAUGGCCACAGUUGGUGGGGGUUGUAGCCUGACAAUAUCUGGAGGACACCAGGUUGGGGAAGGUUGAUCUAGGGGACCCUUGACAGAGGGGUACAAGAACUGAGGGAACCUUGUUCUCUGCGGGCUGUCUGGCUCACUCUUGCUUCCACCCUUCAGGACUGAGGGAGGGCUUUCGCAUGGCUAAACCCAAAGGGCACCAACAGUGUGAAGGCUUGAUUUGCAGCUGGCCUUUCUUAGAAGGAACAAAUGGUACAGAAGGUCGGGUCCUUACUUCAUUGGGAGAAAAAAGGGGGAAUCACCUAAAAAUGGUCAAAUGUCGCUUCCCCUGUGUCCAUCUUGUUUGGCAAAUGUCUUACAGCAGUUACUGGAAUAAAGCAUUUCUUUGACUACCCGA